AUGUACGAAGGGAUUGACAACCUGAAAUCCCUUUACGACCGUGCCGGGAAGACUUUCUCCGGCGGUCCUUCUGCGGCACAGGAUGUGUCGCGUCGUACUGCUCAACCAGACCCAGUACGUCAAUCAUCAGUUGGGAGCGGGGCUCCCAAGAAUCCCAGGACGGGGGAUAGCCGCGCCACCGGACGAGGUAACUCGUCCGACGUCCGUUCACGUCGCGGUGGUUCAACAGCUGCUCUACUAGAUAGCGCUGGCCACCGCGAGAGUCCUCUAAUGGAGGUGGAGGAGGAGGAAAGACGCUCUCCACACGAUCAUGUGGAUCGGUGUGUUCCCGAGAGCUUCUUUGAUCGCGUAACGCAAGGGUUACGCGACGAUCUCGAGCAUGAGCGGAAUAGGCGUCUCCAGAUGGCGGACACUGCCUCGAAGCAUCGAGCUGAGUUUGCCUUUGCUCAGCUUGAGAACGAGAGAUCUCUGACAUCUCUUCGUGACGAGCUAAGGGUAGCUCGUGGGAUUGUUGAUCGGUCUCGGGCUGAGAUAACUGCUCUUCAGACCCUUGUCGAUGCCCACCAUCGGGAGCACAAGGCUCUCUGCGAGAUGCUUGAGCGCAAGGGCGUUCUUCAUCGGAAGAAGCAGCGUACUGAUGGUACGGCUUAA